GGGUAGAGGUUGGAGAGGUGGGUAGGUAGGUGGCACUAGAUGGGUAGAGGUAGGAGAGGUGGGUAGGUUGGUGGCACUAGGUGGGUUGAGGUAGGAGAGGUGGGUAGAUAGGUGGCACUAGGUGGGUAGAGGUUGGAGAGGUGGGUAGGUAGGUGGCACUAGAUGGGUAGAGGUAGGAGAGGUGGGUAGGUUGGUGGCACUAGGUGGGUUGAGGUAGGAGAGGUGGGUAGGUUGGUGGCACUAGGUGGGUUGAGGUAGGAGAGGUGGGUAGGUAGGUGGCACUAGGUGGGUAGAGGUAGGAGAGGUGGGUAGGUUGGUGACUCUAGGUGGGUAGAGGUAGAAGAGGUGGGUUAGUAGGUGGCACUAGGUGGGUAGAGGUAGGAGAGGUGGGUAGGUUGGUGACUCUAGGUGGGUAGAGGUAGAAGAGGUGGGUAGGUUGGUGGCAUCACCAGGGGCACUUUCCUACAGGGGGGCUUUAGCUUGGUGUGUAUGGGCUGCAGCCAUAAUUACUGGGGGUAUAUUGAGUUACUGGGACCCCCCAGGCCUAUAGGGGGGCAGAGUAUUUCCCUGAAGCCCAUUAGAUCCCACAGGGAAUGUCCCACUCCCAGACUCCCUGCUCCUGUUACUCUGAAUGGAGGAGACUGGACCACCCUCAGCCCCCCGUAACUUGUUCCAUACGGACCUAUGAGACCCCUGUCCCCUGCCCCAGGGACCCCGUUCUGGUUCUGUGAUCUGUCGGGUAUGUGAUCAGUUCUCUGAUAUGGAACCUGAUGGAGACUCAGAGUUGGGGACCCACAGUGCCUUGGACAUUCAUGGACUCACGCCGAACCCCCAAGGGACUGGCCGCUUGCGCCCCUCGUCCUACCGGGCCUUGCGCAGCGCCGUGUCCAACUUGGCCCGCAUUGAUGACUUCUACUGCGAGAAGAUCGGAUCCGGCUUCUUCUCUGAGGUCUUCAAGGUGCGCCACCGCCAAUCCGGGCAGAUCAUGGUACUGAAAAUGAACAAGAUGAUGAGCAAUCGGGCAAAUAUGCUGAGGGAGGUGCAACUCAUGAACCGACUCUGUCACCCCAACAUCCUGCGGUUUAUGGGGGUCUGUGUGCAGCAGGGGCAGCUCCACGCUCUCACAGAGUACAUUAAUGGGGGGAACCUGGAGCAGCUCCUACAGAGCCCCGAGCCGCUGGGCUGGGGGGAGAGGGUGAAGCUGAGUCUGGAUAUUGCCCGCGGCCUCCGCUACCUCCACUCCAAGGGCGUCUUCCACCGAGACCUCACCUCCAAGAACUGCCUGGUGCGCUGUGAGGAGAGCGGAUACACGGUUGUUGUCGGAGAUUUCGGUUUGGCAGAGAAGAUUCCGGAUCACAGCCAAACUGAGCCCCUGUCAGUGGUCGGUUCCCCUUAUUGGAUGGCGCCGGAGGUUCUUCGUGGGGAGGUGUACAACGAAAAGGCAGACGUCUUUGCAUUUGGGAUCAUUCUGUGUGAGCUGAUCGCGCGGAUUCCAGCCGACCCGGAUUAUCUGCCCCGCACUGAGAAUUUCGGGUUGGACAUUAAGGCUUUUCGGGAGCUGGUGCCGGUGGACUGCCCUUCGGCCUUCCUGCAGUUAGCGUUUCAUUGUUGCAGGAUGUCCCCGGAGGCCCGGCCUUCCUUCAGCGAGGUGAGCCAAUGGCUGGAGGCCUUGUUAGACAACAUGGACAGGAAGAAAGUGAUUCCGCCACUCCGAUCAGCUAAUAGCCUGGAGGAUGAGACAAUAAGCCCCAGGAACGGAGGAAGCCAAAGCACGUUGCACUCAACCAAUCAGCAGCAAGCCUGGGAUACUCCCUCCCCAUCGGAUCAGCGCCUGUCCCGCAGCCAAUCAGACAUGUUCUCACCGCAGCCUCAGGACCCUUACGAUGACCUCCUGCGCGACACUCCGGCCCGGGUCAACCCCUUCUCCCAACGAGAGGAUCUGAAGGGCGGGCGCAUAAAGCUGUUUGACACCCCAAGCAAGUCGGUCAUUUCUCUGACCUUCGAACUUCCCCCACCGAUAACCUACCAGAUGAACACGCCGGUUACCCCCGAGCCAAUCAUGGAAGCUCAAUGUGACUUCUCUGAGCCAACAGCGAGACCUCGGCGCUGUAGGUCCCUCCCUUCAUCCCCUGAGAUAGGCCGUAAGGGGAGCCCUUGCACUACCGGGACCCCUCUACAGCGGCCGGUCCAGUGGGCAUCCGAAAAACGGAACAUAAAGGGCCGGAAACUCAUUUCUGCAAAUUCAGUGGAAACCGAUACAAACAGACCAAAAGCCAAUGGUGUCCCACAGGAGCCACAUAGGAGGUUAGAGGACCCCCAGCAUUCUGUAGGAGCGACCCCUUCCUGCAGUCUGAACUCAAAUGGAGAUAUGGACCUUUUGUGUGGGGAGGAUCAGUCGCUUUCAAGGGCAAGCGUAACGUCUGGGGAUCAUGAAAGGCAAAACGAGCAGCUUCCAUUAGAGAGCGCUCAUGGGAAAACUGUGGAGUGCGUGGAGGAGACGUGUAAUGGGGGUCAGUUUACAGUUGAUCCGAUCCCCUUGAGGAUGGGCCAGGUAUGGGGAGGUGAGAACUUAGUCAAACCAGAGAUAGACCAUAAGUGGGUUGGUGGCACUUCAUCUCCUGAAUAUGGAUCUCCACCUCAUCAGGACAGAACCGGGGAGUUGAACAGGCACUCCCAACAAGACCCCUGUGUAGACCUACCUGAGACGGGGGAACCAAUGGACUGCUCCAGCAGCCCGGAUAGCACAGAAGAGAACACCUUCUGCCAGAGACCAUCACGGUUAAGGUCCAACGGGCCAAUCAUAGCACCCUCGCCGCCUCCACAAUCUUCCUUAUCUUCUACUCCCUCGUCUUCCCGCUCUCCGUCUCCGCCCAUCAGCACGUGGCAGCAGGAGCCGCCAGUCGCCCAUAACAGACUUAAGCUUUCGGACAACAACAAUGUGGUGUGCAGCAAACCGCUGGGGUGGGUUGGGUCUCUCCACCCUCGUUCUCUGGGAUCGUUAGAAGGGAACUUGUGGGAGGACAGUUUGCCUGGUUUGGGUUGUGAGGGGGGAGAAAGCGGCAGUACCGCCCCCCUCCAUGCUUCCUCCAAUUCUGUUUUGGACCAUGAAGAAACGGUUACCUGCCCGGCUUGCUGCCUCGGGGGCUUCAGCUUCAUAUCGGUCUGCCGUCGGACUCCCCCCGACUCUUCUCGCUAUCAGAAUUUGAACUGUGAGGCGAGUCGUGGGCUGAUAAACACAGCGCCGAGGAUCAGUGCUCCGAGGCCAGGGCCCAGCAGGAAGAUACCCGAAGCACAAACCUAGGGGGCGGGGGCUUUUGGGGCUUGUGACUAUCUCAGCAAAAAGCAUGACCAUGUAGAUAAGGGUUGUUUACAAAUAUGCUGCUGUGAUCGCUAAUCUUAUUAACAUGCCCCCCCCCCCCUUUGCAGCCAUCUUGGGUCUUCAUUGCGCAGUCACUGACACCUUAAAACGAUCAUUGUGGGGGUUCAAAUCGGAACCCAAGAUCUGCCACCUGGAAGGGUUAUGCUUGUGACACAUGGCCUUAUGCCAUAGCGGCCAUAUCUGUGACCACCUUGGCCACACAGGCGGAGAGUAGACAGUCUUUCGGCCAAUGACAGAGGGGGCCUGUUAGGGUCCUUCCCCCAUGUGAACAUCACAAAGGGGUCCUUCCAUGGCUCUUCAUGUGGCAGAAACCAUUUUCCCAGUACUAAAACAAGUCUAAAGGUGGCCAUACAUGGGUCGAUUGUAGCUGCCGAUAUCGGUCCCUUGGGGCGCCCCCAAGGGGCAAAAACGAUGGCCAUACCCGACCGAUAUCUGGCCUGUAAUUGGCCAGAUAUCAAUCGGGCAGGUUAAAAGAUUCAGUCGGCUCA